AUGUCUCAGAAACCAAACGUCUUGAUCUUUGGAGGCUCCAACGGGUUGACCCCAGUGCUCGCUUUGUUCUUGGUUCCACUCAAUGGAGAGCCGUUGGUCGACCAUCUCCGCAUCGCAGAUAAAUAUUCAAUGUCCCCGCCCACCGUGUAUGUCCCCAAGGCCUUUCCUCAACUCAUCAAGGAGCGCGCAAACCUAGUCGAAUAUAGACAAGCAAAUCUCACAAAUGCAGAAACUGUCGCCAGAUGCUUUACAGAUCCAGCACCAAACGGACGACCAUACACCCAUAUAUUCGAUCUCAGCGGAGAUAUAGCCUUUGAACGUCCCGCCGAGAUUCAAAUUACGCAUACCCUCAAAGUGGCCUUGACCAUUGCCCGCGAGGCGGCUCAACAACGUGUCAAGGUGCAUAUUCGAAUGCUCCCUCCAGUAUACGAUCACAAGGUCGAAAAGUCGGCCUACCAUGAAAACGACGUGGACAGCUGGCGCCCACUAGGGGUUCGGGGCGUCUGGUGGCAUGAAAUGAUCCGCGCUGUCGCGAGUGUUCCAAACCUCCCCCUGGUCGUUCUAAGAGAGGCAUUCGCCUACGGUCCAGGUUAUCCACGUGCCGACAUUGCGACUGGGAUCAUGCUCGGCGCCAUUUACAAGUAUCUCGGUCAAGACUUUAAGCCUCUCUGGGGCCCUCGUCUCAAGAAGUGCACGAUUCAUGUCCAGGAUGUCGUGCGUGCUGCUUGGUCGACUGCACUCUGGGCGUCGACAAAGAGCCGCACCGAGCUGGAUACGCUUGCUGGCGUCUCUGUCCCUCCCUCGGGAGAUAAGACGGUGACCAGUGUUCCAGAAGCAGUUACAUCUAACAAUAUUAUAAUUCCCGUCUUUAAUCUCUCCGAUGACGGAGACAGUGACCAAGAGCGGAUAUGCAGCUCAAUCGCAAACGCCCUUGGAAUGAAGUAUGGUUACCACAAUGAAAUUAUUCAUCAAAUUGUCAAACUCAAGUUUAAUGAUGUCGUCGAGGAUGCCAACGAGCUCCAUAUUCGCACUUGGAAUGAGAUGUAUAGGAGUGGUUCCUCAAGCGAGUCUCCAUUAUCCCCAUAUAUUUUCCCGCAUCAGUUUGGGAAGCGUGGUUGCGCACUCAACAGUAGCCAGCUUAAGAAGGUCGUAGGCUAUACCAUGCAAUAUCCCCUCUUUGACGCCAACGCCGUGAAGGAGACCGUCGACUCUUUCCGAGCCGAAGGAAUAUGGCCACAGUAA